AUGGUAUCCUCCGAGUUGUCAGUUCGGCCAAUUGGUUCCGCCACUCUGUCUGAGUUGGUUAAGCGCAUCAAUAUCCCUCUGACGGCGACAAGUCCACCGGGGCUAAUCGAAGCGAAUACAGUUGAUCCUUGGAAGAAAUCUGGAAAGUACGCUCUUGGAUGGACGUACUUCUGUAUUGUGCUUGUUGUUUUGGUAGCGAUAACCAGAGUUUACCACUUAUGGACGGAUAAAAUACGACAGGCAAUGCACAAGCAUGAAGUUCAGCAGUACUAUGGAAACUACUCACCGGAAGACGACUACGCGAUGGAAGAAAUGCAAGGAGGACAAAUGGGCUAUAAUCGAGAACACACGCAGCAGCAGAUAUAUCCACAGGAGGGGGAGAAAGCCAUGGAGCUUACGAGAGGUCAAUCGCACUGGUCGUCCAUUCGAGCUGUCAAUGAUACGCUGGCAUUAUUUAGAUGGAUCUUCUAUCGGCCGGUUCCGGAAAUCAAGUACAAAAAGAAGGUGAUUUUAGGGUUUCCAUCGCUGUCAGUCAUUGCAAUUCUCGUUAUCGGUCUCGGAUUUGUUACGCUUUAUUGUUUCUUACCGCAGCCGCUCUACUGGCAAAGCAUACAGUUUGGAUCUCCACCGCUUGCGAUCAGGGCUGGCAUGAUCGCAGUUGCUAUGACGCCAUGGAUCGUUGCUACAAGUAUGAAAGCAAAUCUUAUUUCUGCUAUCACCGGGAUUGGCCACGAACGAUUGGGCGUCUUCCAUCGAUGGGGUGGGUAUCUCUGCUUAUUUCUAGCACUUGUUCACAUGGUUCCGUUUUACGUUCAGCCAGUCUACAACGAUGGAGGAAUGGAAAUUUACAAGAAACUUUUCCCUGAAGGCAGUGGGGUCAUUUAUGGCACCGGAAUUGCUUGCUUGGCACCUCUAGGAUGGUUGUGCAUCGGUUCGCUUCCAAUUAUCAGAACAAUGGCUUAUGAGUUGUUUCUCUUCCUACACAUUCCAGUCUCUAUCGCUUACGUUGGUUUAUUGUUCUGGCAUUGCCACAAUUACCUCACUUCUUGGAGCUAUUUAUGGGCAACAGUCGCUAUUUGGUGUCUUUCGUACUUUCUGAGAAUAUUCAACCUGAACUGGGCAAAACCAUGGAGGAAUGCGUGGUUGAUCGGUGAUGAAGCAGCGAUAACUCUAAUGGCCGAAAACGCCAUCAAGGUGACGAUCCCAACCCAGAUGACCUGGAAUCCCGGUCAAUAUGUGUAUCUGAGAAUGCCAGGCAUCUCGAUCUUCGAGAGCCACCCUUUCACUAUCUCCUCACUUUGCAGCGAAGACUUUCCUUCGGAAUAUGGAGAUCUGUACAGAGAUUGUACCCUGGUUUUCAGACCUUUCGGUGGAUUCACCCGUCGAGUCCUGGAGACUGCUAUCGAAAGAGGGCCAUUCAAAACGUACAGAGCGUAUCUUGAGGGGCCAUAUGGUGGAAUGCAACGAGAGCUGGCCGCAUUUGAUACUGUGAUUUUGUUCGCUGGAGGAAGCGGCAUCACAGCCAUUGUUUCUCAGCUCCUUAAUCUUAUCAAACGUAUGAGAGAUGGAAAGGCUGUCACCAAGAAGAUUGAGGUGGUUUGGGCUCUGAAGAGACUAGAAGCUAUGGACUGGUUCAGAGAAGAACUUCGUAUCUGUAGGGAGUAUGCUCCACCAGGAACCGUAACCUGUCAGUUUUACGUCACGGCAUCCAAACGACAAACUGGUCAAGGAGUUACGGGUCAUGGACGAGCACCUCGUCCUAUUAGUAACAUGCUACACGACAAGCUAGACGGCUUCGUUUCAGACAUCGCUAACAAGAGAAAUUCCGCUUUCAUCCGAGAAGAAGCACAUGGGGAUGUUGAUAGAGAACAAGAACUAAGGGCCGAGGACGAGGAUGCCAUAACUUCGCUACCGAGAGCGAAACACUUACAACCAAAAGUAUUACCUCCUCUUCCACAGAUGUCCUUCCCACCACCACCGAAGAAAGUCAUGCGCGAAAACUCUCUGAAAAAGCUAGAAGGACGAGCUCCUCCUUCGCCGAAUGCGUUGGCAGAUUCGCACGACGCAACUCGUAAAUUCUUGUCACCAUCUUCAGGUUCGACAAGCAAACGAGAGUUUCAUUUUCCACCACCCCCUCCACGAGCCGAUGCUCCUCACUUCAACUUUGCGCCCCCAUCACCGCGAAACUCUUCCAAUAACCCAUGGCUUGCGCAUAUGGACUCACCGCGGAACUCAAAUAAUCCAUAUAACCCUCAAAACCUACCACCACCACCACCAGGUCCUCCACCAUCGAAUCUACAAGAUCAGAGGUCUGCAAGUUACAAUUCGCAGGAUUCGACAUCAUUAUCUGUAGAUCUCCGAAAUACACCCGACUCAAAGGCUUCCUCGCAAGAGAUACAGCGAGUCUCACAUGACGAUGGACUCAAACCUCCUAGUUUCGCGGAUUCAACUCGUGCAUCCCAAGAUUCGAAACAUUCUGUGGACAACUUUCCGCUCCCACCACCGCCCCCAAUGACGGAGGAACAAAUAAGAGCACUCCCACCUCCACCACCAAUCCCUCAGACAACAACACCUCAACUCUCACCAUCAUUAUCACCAUACCCCUCAGCACCCGAAGCAGCGCACAUCCGCCAGAAAUCCGCAGAUCUACACAUCGCCAUCCCUACCGCUCCAGCACCCGCACCCUCAAACUUCGAUUUCGGCUUUCCUUCCACCCCAACAGAAUUCCAGAAGAAUCUUAUGCGCUUCGCCUUUGUAGGCGCGAAGGUCAAGAAAGAGGGUUGGGGUACAGAGUACGGCCGUCCUGAUCUUGGAUACAUGCUUAAAGACAUGGCAACCGGUGGCGCUGACGGGAAAGGAAUCUUUGGACGACGGACAUGUGUGUUUGUGUGCGGUCCGCCUACGAUGAGAGUCGACGUUGCGAAUACCGUCGCGAGACUGCAGGCGGAUAUUUGGGGCGAUGAUAGUAAGGAUGAGAUCUUUUUGCAUACGGAGAAUUAUGCUAUUUAA